UUGUCAUUGAUGGUGAUCAACAGGCAAACAGUUUACAGCCUAUUUAUUGUAAACUGUCUAAAAGGGCAGAAAAUGUAUACACUCACAUAAUUGUUACUGGCAAAGGUCGUGGAAUAAGCGGUGCAAAAUUAAUAAGGCUCAAUACCUUAUUCCCAAAUUGUGACGUGUCCGUAUACGAUCUAGGUAUUUCCGUCAACGAAAAUAUCUUACCGUUGGUAUUUCAAGGAGUAAGUCGUGUGUUAGAUCAACUUCGGCCAGAUGUUUUGAUUUAUAUAAAAGAUCCUGAAAACGAAGCGAUGCGUGGCGUUAAUGCCGCAUUUGUUGCCGCUUCUCGAACAAACAGUAUUACAAAGAUUGCUGUACCUAUUGAGCAUACGAAACACUUAAUGUGGAUAACUGAUUUAUCCAUCGAGGCACUUAAAAGUUGGAACACACCAAACAUUCAGAUACAAGUAAUCACACAAAAUCGUCCUAAAUCCCUAGAACGCCUCAUGCAAUCUCUCAAUUCAUCUAUUUAUUUUGGCGAUGAUGUAUAUCUCACUAUAAAUGUGGAUCGAAAAGCAGAUCCUGUCACCAUUAAAUUUUGUCAAACAUUUAAAUGGCCUUUUGGUUAUAAGAGCGUUCGACAUCGCAUAGUACAAGGUGGUUUGAUAGCUGCCGUGGUGGAGUCAUAUUAUCCUACCACCAAUGAUGAAUAUGCAGUAAUGUUAGAAGAUGAUAUUGAGAUUUCUCCAUUUUUCUACAUAAUGUUUGGAGUCAGUCUUUACGAUACAAAAUUAAAUGAAAAUCAUGCGACUGGUCGUAGACCAUUUAAUCCUGCUCAGGUUUUGAAAGACACAAAAUAUCCAGACCAAUCUCCAUAUCUUAGUCAAAAUCCUUGUAGUUGGGGUGCCUUAUUUUUCCCUGAAAUAUGGCGCGAAUUCCAUACUUAUCAAAAUGCUAGAUUAGGUAGUCAUAAACGAAAUAAGAUAGUUGUUCCAAAUAAUUCUAUCAGCUUUUCCACUAAUCAUGCUGAGAAAGGUGUUCAUUUUCGUCUCUCAGGAGAGAAAAAAAGAUUAUGGCUCCUUCCACUUAUGAAAGAGGAUAUUUUACUAGAAGGACUACCUGAUGGUCAUUUACCAAGCUACAAUGAUUUACCAGUUAUGGAUCUUUUUGGAAGAGUUGUGUCAACAGAAGAAAUAAUUCGACGCGGACGUAAAUUUCACUUGAAAAUUUCGAAGUGUCCUCCCAAUGAUGGAGAACUCACAUAUGACCCCCAAGACAUAUUAUGUGAGAAUCAGGAUAGCAUAAUAGAAAAAAAUGAACCAAUAACCGAGAAGAAAAGUUCUGCUGAAGAGCUAAUAAUUAAAGAAAAUGCGGAAAAUAAUUUAAUAUAA